AUGUUGUUUGUUUCUGCUUUUAUUAAGGGUGGGCAGUAUCCUUUUGGUAGCUGGCUUCCUAAGGCUAUGGCGGCUCCUACUCCUGUUAGUUGUUUGGUUCAUAGCAGUACUUUAGUUACUGCCGGUGUUAUGUUAAUGGAUUGUGGAUGCAGGCUUUAUCUUCAGAUUGCUCCUCAUUCUUGGACAUUACACAGUUUUCCACUAUUUGUUUUGAAUGAAUUUUCAAAAAUUCGGGCUCAUCCUGCAGUAGCUGAGAUUCUUUCAACACGAGAAUGCAUGGAGCAGAGUCGUGCUUUCAUAGAUGAAGUACAUCAGUGUCUGUUUUGCUUAUACGGGUGUCCAUCAAGGCGUAAAAGACAGUUGGAAGAACAUGGCGGUACACACAAUCAUGAGCCAAGUUUGAAAGAUAUUGAAAAUGUAUUGUCGCUGUUAUUACCUGACAAAAUACCUCCAUAUGAUGGCACUUGCUCUUUUGAUCUGAUUGAGUUUGUGCAAAAAAAAGCAUCUUCAUUUGUGGAAUCUACAGAGAAUGAAAAAGAAAUGAUGUUCGCAUUUGAUCGCUUCAUUGCGCAAACAGAGGUUCACGCAGAUUGGCCUCGAUGUGCAGAAAGUUCUCAACUCCGAUCGGGAGUUUUUUAUCAACUGGCACUACAUUCAUAUCGCAAUCAUAAAGCAGAUGAUGCUGUCUAUUACGCUAAAUUGUUCCUUCUUUGUGCUUCUGCUGCAUUACCCAACGAAGUGGAUGAAGAUGAAAUGUUUCCGCAUUUUGAUUGUAGUGUCUUUUCUUUUCGAAUGGCGCUUUUUUUUGAUCCACUUGAUCGAUACGUUAUAUUCAAUUUUGGUAGUGCUUUAUAUCAAAUUAAUUCUCGAAUACGUCGAUAUAGAGACAAGCUUCCUAUGGAUGAUAUUCGACAUCGAUGGGCUGAGCGUCGGAUCAGAGGUCUUCUGGAAGAAAGUCGACGUCAAUUUGAGAUCUGCAUAUCACGCUUGCCAGAUGGUGAUGUAGACAAAUGGCGAUGUCACUAUUUCUUAGCGAAAAUUACAGAGAAAUGUGGAAACGCUCUCGAGGAUGUGUUUCAUCAUUAUCAUAAGUGUGCUCUUCAAUUGGAAGCUACGGGAGUUCAGUAUCCAAGUAGAAUCAAUACCAAGAGGCAGGAACAUGCUGAAGCAAUCGAGAUCCACUAUCGUGCUUAUGCCUGUUUGCUCAAGUGCUUGCUGGAAAGAGAAGUAGAUUGGAAUCGAGAGGACUUAAUGUUAAUGCAUGCCUUUGCUUUAUGUUUCCGGAGCCACGGUGUUUGUAAGCAGAAAGAUAGCGACGAAUUUUCGCACUGUCCACAAGUAAAAGCAGCUGUCAGCAAUCUCAUAUAUAAGUGUACAGAGUCAACUGAUGCUGUGCAAAGAGUGCUUGAAGAUUUGAUAGAACGGACCGCGCUCAAACUGGAAAUCCUGAACCUCUGCGAAGAAGCUUUCAACAUUUGUAUUCUUAGAUUUCCACAUUUCAAAUCAUACUAUCGGCUAUCGCAGUUAGCUCUAUACAAAGGAGAUAUCCAGGAAGCAUCGAAUUAUUUGUUCGGGCGUUUUUUGACUAGAAAAAGGACGAACUAUAAUCCAGAUAACAUAUUUGAGAAUGUAAUAACGAUUUCAUGUGAAGAUAUUGAUCGGGGAGAUGCGCUUCAGUAUCACCUUGCUCGCAUAGGCGCAUUAGCAAUACAUUUAUCCGCUCUGCUGGAUGAUUUCGAAGCUCUUGUCACUUUGAUUCAUACAUUCUGCACAUUGGAUUUCUGUAAUAACACUGAUUAUUUGUUAAAACGAGAUCUGAUGAUGCUUUAUCGUAAUGGUUUGACCAGAUUUUUCGACUGCAUACAGCGAAAGAUAAAAAACAGUGCAGUGGAGAGUCAGCUUCUCUGUUCAAUCUAUGAUCUUUAUCAAUAUGCUGAAAGGAAUAAUGUACAUCGUCUCUGUGAGAGGAUUCGACCGAUAAUUUUUUCAGCUACAAAAAAGUUUCCUACUUACGAUGAGAAGAUUGAACCAAUAAUGUUUUGCAAGCAACUCUACAUCGCUUCAAAAAGAAAGUUGGGCAAACGGAAACUAAGUAGCAGUUCAGCUGUUCCAGCAAAAUCAUUUCGUCUGUUCUCUAGCCCAAAUCUUAGUCUUACGUUUACGUAG